UGACUGUGUUCUUAAGCACUUUGACUCCGAAAUUCUACUUUGCCCUUACAGUGACUUCGUCUUUUAUAUCCGGACUGAUAUUUGUGUUUGAGUGGUGGCAUUUCCGAAAGUACGGCACAUCUUUCAUCGAGCAGGUUUCUGUGAGUCAUUUGAGGCCCCUCAUCGGCGGCACAGAAAGCAGCCCUCCAGCACCCGCAGCGUUCUCUGCUGCAGAGAGUGAGACCAGCAGGCAGAACAUGCCAGAGUGCAAAGUGUGGCGAAAUCCUCUCAAUCUUUUCAGAGGGGCAGAGUAUAGCAGAUACAUGUGGGUGACUGGGAAGGAGCCUCUUACAUACUACGACAUGAAUUUGUCUGCUCAGGAUCAUCAGAACUUCUUCACGUGUGACACGGACGCCCUUCGGCCUUCAGAUACAGUUAUGCAGAAAGCCUGGCGGGAGAGAAACCCUCAAGCCCGGAUUAAAGCGGCGUAUCAAGCUUUAGAGUUGAACAAUGAUUGUGCCACAGCAUAUGUCCUCCUGGCUGAGGAAGAAGCCACGACUAUUGUAGAUGCUGAGAAGUAUUUCAAGCAGGCUCUGAAAGCGGGAGAAAUGAUCUACAGGAAGUCUCAGAACUGCCAUUCCCAAAGUCCCCAGCACGAAGCGCAGCUGAGAAGAGACACCAAUGUGUUGGUGUAUGUGAAAAGGAGACUGGCGAUGUGUGCAAGAAAGCUGGGGAGGAUACGAGAAGCGGUAAAGAUGAUGAGAGAUCUGAUGAAAGAGUUUCCACUUCUCAGCAUGCUGAACAUCCAUGAAAACCUCCUGGAGGCACUGCUGGAGUUACAGGCCUACGCAGAUGCCCAGGCAGUUUUAGCCAAGUAUGAUGAUAUCAGUCUUCCAAAAUCAGCAGCAAUUUGCUACACAGCAGCCCUGUUAAAAGCCAGAGCUGUUUCAGAAAGGUUCUCCCCAGAAACUGCCUCCAAAAGAGGGCUCAGUACAGCAGAAAUUAAUGCUGUGGAAGCAAUUCACCGGGCUGUGGAAUUUAACCCUCAUGUUCCAAAGUAUUUACUAGAAAUGAAAAGCUUAGUGCUACCUCCUGAGCAUAUUCUGAAGCGAGGGGACAGUGAGGCAGUAGCAUAUGCCUUUUUCCACCUCCAGCACUGGAAGAGGAUAGAAGGGGCUCUAAAUCUGCUGCACUGUACAUGGGAAGGCACAUUUAGGAUGAUCCCGUACCCGUUAGAGAAAGGUCAUCUUUUCUAUCCGUAUCCGAGCUGCACAGAAACAGCUGACAGAGAACUGCUGCCAACGUUUCACGAAGUCUCCGUUUACCCACAGAAGGAACUUCCCUUUUUCAUCCAUUUCACAGCAGGCCUGUGCUCCUUCUCGGCAAUGCUUGCCCUCCUCACGCACCAGUUCCCCGAGCUGAUGGUCAUUUUUGCUAAAGCUGUGAGUAUCGUCUCGAUCAGGGGGCUUGU